AUGCCUUCCUCCUGGCUUUCGUUGGGCGCCGCUGCUCUUGCGGGCCAAGCCGCCGCCUUCCCGGCCCUGGCUGACCAGUACGCUGCACAAUCAUCCCAGAAGGAGAAGAGAGUGAAUGGAAUCAGCCCGGGUUUCGAUGCUGAAGCGCAGAGAAUUGAUGUCUCUGGUGAGCACGCCUUCGUGCCCCCGGGACCCGGCGACAAAAGAGGUCCUUGUCCAGGCCUCAAUGCUCUAGCCAACCAUAAUUAUUUGCCUCACGAUGGCGUAGCAACCAUCACACAGUUCGUCGAAGCCACAAAUCAAGUCUAUGGCAUGGGUGUUGAUCUGGCCACCUUUCUUUCCAUCUACGGCGCCGUCAUGGACGGUAAUGGCAUCAGCUGGUCUAUCGGAGGUGCACCGGAAACAACGGACCUACUUAACCUUCUCACCCAGCCCCAGGGAAUUUCCGGCUCUCACAACAAAUAUGAAACGGACGCCAGUCCGACUCGCGGAGAUUUAUAUCAAUACGGAAACAACUUCGCCGUCGUCCGUUCCCAAUGGGACGCCCUCUUCGCCAAACAAUCAGGCGUCCCCAACGCGCAAUCCAACUACGGCCUCGGUCUUCUGACCGAUUUCCGCGAGGAACGCUUCCAGCAAAGCAUUUCCUCGAACCCGUACUUUUUCAACGCCCCCUUCUCCGGUGUAGUCGUGCAGCCGGCCGCGUACACCUUCAUCUACCGGUUCAUGGCCAACAAGAGUGCCGAGAACCCCGAAGGUGUGUUGACCAAAGAGGUCCUCAAGAGCUUCUUCGGCUUCACCGGGCCCGACGACGACAUGGUGCACAACCCGGGCUGGGAGCGGAUCCCCGAAAAUUGGUACAAGAGGGCGUUGGGCGACGAAUACACUAUUCCAUUUUAUGCGUUAGAUCUCAAUGCUGCAGCAUUGCAACAUCCGCAGUUCUUGGACAUUGGCGGGAACACCGGCACACCCAACUCCUUCACUCCCAUCGACCUUCAGAACCUCACCGGCGGCCUCUACAACGCCCAAACCCUCCUCGACGGCAACAACCUCGCAUGCUUCGGCUUCCAAGCCGCCGUCCAGUUUGCCCCCGAUCUGCUCAAGGGCCUUGUCAAGGAUCUUGCCGGCGCACUCGGCCAGCUGGGAGAUGCUCUGACGAGCGCUAUAAGCGGGCUCGGGUGUCCACAGUUGGGCGGGGAGGCUUGGGAUGAGGGCAGCCUGGCGCAAUUUCCGGGAUGGACGAAAUUGAAGGAUGAUGGGACCUACCCGUAA